AUUUCAAAUUCAUCUCAAUUCUCAUCAUCUGAACUGACUUUCACCCCAAGUAGAUCUUGGUCUUUUCGUCCGCAAGUUCUGUGAACUUCCUACAUUCUCGUACAUAAUUCCUUUGACCUACCAUACAGGGCGUCGAUCGCCGCUACAUAGUAAUUCAAAAAUCCAAAGCCAAUUGCAAAUAUGCAGACAAAGACUAUUCUCGCCCUCAUCGCUGCGACUAGCGUGUCAGCAGCAAACCUCCGCAUCCCACCACGACAGAACCAGAACCAAGGUGACAACAAUAAUGGUAACGGCCAGGUAGACAACGGAGCAGUCAAUUUCGGCCAAUGCACGCCGACGAUGGACUUCCAGUUGGGUCGCGCGGGACGCAAAGAAGAUGAGGGCACGUUUCUGCCCACGGAUCCGCUGGUCGCCGAGGGCCAGCAGGACGCGCUUAAUCCCAGCAUUAUCAUGAAUCGCAUCUGCGACCAGCUGAUCAACGUCUGCGAAGCCAACGACGCUGCCGUCGCUGCGUGCGAUGCUGCUCAAGCAUCUACCGAGGCACUCGGGACUAAGGACGCGUCCACUGCGGACGCCUUCAAUUCAGCACUGGGGUUUUAAGGGAUCUUUCGAGCGGUGAGCCAGGAGAUGGGACAGGGUAUUGCCGGGUAUUAUUACGAGGGGAGGCAAAACGGGAAAUUGUUCUCGUACCCAGCCAUCCUGCUUAAUUGCUCAUGUUCAUCGCCUAGAUGGGUACUGUUGCACUGUGAAGGAGCAUAAUGUGUCAGACAAGCUCAGAGAAUUGAGAUAAUUUCAAAGCUGGAUACUUAGUUUUCAUGAAUUUACUUCUCUUCUUUUCAUAAUUAUUUAGCCCCUCGGUUUUCAUUGUACAGGGGAUUUUACGGGCACUCAUGAAAC